AUAAAAAUCAAUAACACUGCGAUGAUGUCGCAAGUUAAUAUUGAAUCAAACAUAUUAUAUCGAUUACUAAAAUUUAGUUUUAUCAUUUACCUUUUCACAACAUUCAUAAUUUCAAAUAUUCAUGCUACUCGCUUUGUUUGCUCUUGCACCCGAAAUCGCAAAUGCAUGCGAGCAGCCAUCGCAAAAAACGAAAUGCUACCGUCAACAGUAGAAGCAUUAGGACUAAAUUCGUCAUUACAACCCUCACCUACUGUUGUUCAAGUUCCAGAUAACAUUUGUAACUCGCCAGCAUGUAUUCAUACUGCCUCGAAGAUUCUUAAAAAUAUGGAUUCAUCUGUGGACCCUUGUGAUGACUUCUACAGAUUUGCUUGUGGAAGUUUUCUCAAAACAACAACUAUUCCUGACGACAAAGUCAGUGUAAAUACAUUUAGUAUCAUUAGUGACCAAGUUUUUGAGCAGCUAAGAGAGAGCAUUGAAGAUCCUCACUUAGCAGAAAUGGCUCACCCAUUCAGACUUGUUAAAACUCUCUACAACAGUUGCAUGAAUAAAACCGGCAUUGAAGAACAAGGACUUACCCCUUUGUUGAUCAUCAUAAAGAAAUUAGGCGGCUGGCCCGUACUUGAAGGAGAAAUGUGGAAAGAUAAUGAUUUUAAUUGGAUAUCAUCAGUUUACAAUUUCCGUGAAUUGGGCUAUUCUGUAGAUUAUUUUUUGGACUUCAGCAUUGGUGCAGAUCUCAAAAAUAGCACGAAGAGAGUUUUAGACCUCGAUCAAGCUACGCUGGGAUUAUCACGAGAGUACUUAUCGAAAGGAUUUGACGACAAGAUUGUAAAAGAAUAUUACCGUUACAUGGUUGAUAUUGCGGUGAUCCUCGGUGCUGAGCGUGAACGCGCUGAACAAGAACUUAUGGAAUCCCUCAAAUUCGAAAUGAAGCUUGCCAAUAUAUCUUUACCAACUGAGAAACGUCGUAAUGCAACUUUAUUGUAUAAUCCAAUGACACUGACUCAAUUAUCGGAUAAAUAUCCAAGUAUACCUUGGAAAGAAUACUUCAACACGAUUCUCAAGCCUCAUGUCCAAGUUGAUGAUAAUGAAAUAGCAAUUGUCAACGUUCCUAGUUAUAUAUCUGACUUUGAAAAACUGAUCAAAUCAACGCCUAAGAGGAUACAGGCUAAUUACGUAAUGUGGCGUGCCGUUGCUGCAUCAGUGAGUUACUUGAGCGAUGAAAUUCGUAAAAGACAACUCGAAUACUCAACAGCCCUGAGUGGCAAGACGGAAAGAGAACCUAGGUGGAAAGAGUGUGUUGAUAUUGUUUCUAGUACUUUACCAAUUAGUGUCGGGGCUUUGUAUGUAAGGAAAUAUUUCCACCAAGAUGCCAAGAAAAAUGCUGUCGAAAUGGUCGCUGAUAUCCGUAAUCAAUUCAACAAAAUUUUAAAAACAGUUGACUGGAUGGAUGAAGAAACCAGAAAGAGUGCUCUUGAUAAAGCUGCAUCGAUGACAAGUCAUAUUGCGUAUCCUGACGAACUUUUGCAAGACUUUAAAUUAGAAGAAUUUUACGAAAAUCUAGAGCUUGCAGAUAACGCUUCUUACCUUAAAAACAUAUUGAAUUUAACAUUAUUCGGCACCGAAUACUCAUUUAGCAAACUAAGAAAACCAGUCAACAAGAGCGACUGGGUAUCGCAUGGUCGCCCAGCAGUGGUUAAUGCCUUUUAUUCAUCUAUUGAAAACAGUAUUCAAUUCCCAGCCGGAAUUCUUCAAGGCGCUUUCUUCAGCAGCGACCGUCCAAGAUACAUGAAUUACGGUGCCAUUGGAUUCGUAAUUGGUCAUGAAAUUACUCACGGCUUUGAUGAUCAAGGAAGGCAGUUUGAUAAAGAUGGUAAUCUAGUCGAUUGGUGGGCAUCAUCAACCAAGGAAAAAUAUCUACAAAAGGCUGACUGUAUAAUUAAUCAGUACGGCAAUUAUACUGUAAAAGAAGUUGGAAUGAAUUUGAAUGGAAUAAAUACUCAAGGUGAGAAUAUCGCUGACAAUGGUGGCAUAAAAGAAGCUUAUCUAGCGUAUAAAGACUGGGCUGAUCGGAAUACACCCGAGCCAACACUUCCUGGACUUCCCUACUCGCCCAGACAAAUGUUCUGGAUAAGUGCUGCAAAUACGUGGUGCUCUGUCUACCGUCCUGAAGCACUAAAACUUCGUAUCACCACUGGAUUCCACAGUCCAGGGGAAUUCCGUAUUCUUGGACCGAUGUCUAAUAUGCCAGAUUUCGCUGCUGAUUUUCAGUGUCCAUUAAAUUCACGGAUGAACCCAAAAAAUAAGUGUGCUGUAUGGUAA